GGAUGGGGCGGUGGCAGUGGCGGCCCCGGCGGAGGCGGCUGCCCCAUGGCGGAGGAUGUUGACCUGAAAGCAUGUCAGGAAGCUUUGGAUGAUUGCUGUCCACAUCGAGGAGAUGAUCAGCUGGAACUGCAAGAGGAGGAGGAGAAAGACAUUAAUCAAAGCAACUGCAACCAUGUAGAUUCCCUUCUCUCCUUAGAGGGUUAUUUACAGCUUCUGUCAUCACAGGUGGAAAACAUGCUAGAGGUGAACUUACUGGAAGAUAUASAACUUGCUACUUCUAAUAGAGGUCAAGACCCAUCAUCCUCACACCACAAUAUAAAUUUGACCCAGACACUUCCAAACAGUUUCAGUCCUCCUGAUGCCAUGCUACUAAGAACAGAUUACCCCACUCAAUUAAAUUCAAAGCCAAGACACUUACAAAGGCAAGAGUUUUUUCCUCAAUCAAGCYCUGAUAUCACAAAUCCAGAAUCACUAUGUCAUGGGUCAUAUUUGACAGGGCUGCUUUCAGCUGCUGACCUUAGAAGUCUAACAGUCCAUGAUGAUAAUUUUGAUGAAAUUAAACUCAUGUCUUUGGCUUUUGAGGAAGGCUUUAGUCCUGUAGAAGUUUCUCAGGUCUUUGAAGAGCCUGGCUCAGAUUCGGGACUAUCUUUGAAUUCAAGUCACAGCACCACCUCUUACUCAGUCUGCUGUGAAGAUGCUCUUGGGUACAGCAGUGGUGUUAAAUCUGUUCCCUCACACGGCUUAGGAGCUGCUGGUGGCCACUGCCAAGAAAACGCUCAACAGAGCCAUGUGGAAUAUCCAGGUGAUGCAGAGUGUUCUACAGAAGCCAUGCUUCAGCAGUUUCUUCAUAAUCACACUUACAUUCAGCUGCCAAGUCAAGCAGCAUCCACUCCAGAGCAUCAUCAACAGACGUGGAUGAAGAAAUCAAACGAAUUAAAGGACAGGUGCCRUAAUUCUACUGCUACAAACCAGAGCAGAGAUGAAUAUUGGGCAAAGGCUCUGAGAAUACCAUUUUCAGUUGAUGAAAUUGUGAGCAUGUCUGUCGACUCUUUCAAYACCGUGCUAGCAAAGAACCAGCUGACAGAAACUCAGGUAUCACUUCUACGUGACAUCAGACGAAGAGGAAAAAACAAGGUAGCAGCUCAAAAAUGUCGUAAACGCAAAUUAAAUGCAAUUCUCAACUUGGAAGAAGAUGUGUGUAAUCUCCAAACACAAAAAGAGAGUCUUAAAAAGGAGCACUCCCAGUGUAGCAAAUCAAUCAACCAGAUAAAGCAAAAACUAAACAGCUUGUACCGUGACAUUUUCAGUAGGGUGAGGGAUGACCAGGGUAGACCUGUUAACCCACACCAGUAUGUCAUUCAUUGCAGCAGCAACGGUAGUGUUUUCAUAAUACCCAAGCACUUGGCCAAAUCUGAACAGAAACAAGAUAACAGAAUAGAGCAGAAACAGAAAUGAAAUGGCCGAAGUUCACUUAAAUCACCUUCAUUUUACCUGAAAGGAUGGUAAGAAUACUUGCGUGAAGACUAAAGGUCAGUGAUUACAGCAGCUCAAACAGAAACAACUACACUUGAGGAGAAAUACUGUGUUCAAGGAUCUGCCAAACCCAGCCAACUGUGAUCUGUUGGAAAGUCUGUGAGCUGAGGCUUCUGAAAGAGGAAAUCUGUUUAGUUUUAGUUAGAAUUAAAGGACCUAGACCAUCUGUGUAGUGUAGCUUUAUAGACCUAUGUUAAUACUGRUAAUGGAGGCAGAGGAGCAAAUGUCUGCGAAGGAUAAAAGCCAACUUUAGAUCAAUGUUACACAUGCAAGAUUUUAGUCUCAAGUACUUGACUUCAUACAGAAAUUGACCUUAUUUUAUUCUUUAGCACUGAAAUAAAAAUGGUAGUUCUAGUGCAUCUUCAAUGUAAAUUCACUGCAGAUUUACAGUCUCAAGAGAUAACUGCGUGCUUUACAUUUAUUCAGAAACAGCUUUGCUUUUUCUAGUUUUCCUUUGAGGAGAGCAGCCCAGRAGGCUACUGCCUUUUUCCUCACUACUUUCAGCAUCAUAACACCAAGCAAAGAUAAUCUACCACUUAAUUUUACAACUCGGUCAAUCUGCAAAUUGAUUCUGAAAARCUAGUGUCUGAUUCAAUAGUCUUACCUUCAUCCUCUGCAACUGAAUCAUAUUCAACUUUUUUCCACAAAAAAGACCAAUGGUGAAUGAGUUCCUGUUCUGUUUCCUAGUGACUGAUAUUUACUUGUGUACCUUCCCUUUCCCUCCCAUUUUGAUACCUUCCUCAAGAAGUACUAGAGUUUUUCUCUUUUGCUUUUUUAAACUAGUAUUUUUAAGUGUCCAGAUUUAAUUUUUUUUAAAUAUAUAUUUUACCUAAUCUUUAAAGUAAAUUAAAUUGAACCACAUUCCUAGUUGUACUUGUGAUUAUGAGGUUACACUCUGAUAGUGCUGCAAAUAAAGAAGUUUUGGGUUUAACAUUUAUUUGUGCUAUUAAAAAGAAGAAAUUUUAUUCACUCACUUAUUCACAGCAUCYUAUCCUUUACUGUUCUACAGCCUGAAAAAGGUCUGCAAAGGAGAAGACCUAAAAGGCCUGUAAGGAAUAAGGAAGGAAUGUUCAGGUGUAACACAAAUAACUAUCAUUAACAUCUAGCUAGCAACAAAUACUUUUUAUUCAUUUUAUAACUAAACUGGGUAAAACUSGUAUUUUAAAAGUUUUCAUUGGUGGUCAUGGCAUGAUGACAAUGGAGCCAAUUUACAUUCAGGUAUGUUAAAACAUCACUUGUACCAAACACAUUAAGAGCUACACAUACAAGCAAUAAAAGUUUAAAUGCUGACUUGUACCUACUGAAGAAACAAACUGCCACUAGCAUGUAAAUCACACUGAUUGCUUGCACUUAUCUGUAACCCAACUGAUAGUUACCAAGUGGUAUUUUCUAAAAAGGGAGCACUAAGACCAUGCCAAGUGCACUGAAUUCUCAGUAAUGGAAUSAGCCUGUUUGAACCAUUUGCUCAGCAUUUUCUAUUAAAAGAUUAC